AAUAUAAUUAUAUUAUAAAAUGGAUGUUUUGUUCCCAUAUAUAAUAUUAAUAAGGAGUCCAAAGAGCCGUCUCCAACAGACGGGGAUUAAGCUUUUUAGUCCGUAAUUAUUAUAAAAGCACACGUCAGCAGAUAUCCACCCAUUUUCAGAGAGACGUCCUGUUGGCCGGCUGAGAGAGAGAGAGACCCAGGAACCAGCAGCAGGAGAACAGGAAUAUCCUCCUGAGUCAGCGCCACGACGCGGACACACCACGCUCUCCGGUCCCGGCAGCACUGCCUCUCUGUACCGAUAAUAAGCAUCCUAUGCUCUUCUGCUCAAGAUGGCGGUGCAGGCAGCGGGAAAGGACGGAAUAUCACCAGUGUUGAAGAACGUGGAGGAUGACACCCUGAACGACUCGCUGGGGAACCCCGGCCUCAUCUCACCUGACAAGGAUUUAUCUCGUCUGCUGACGGUGCCGUUCAGCGGGCGCAUCCGGGGCGGCCUGCGGCCAGGAAAGAAGAUCCUAGUGAUGGGCAUUGUCGACCUGGAGCCAGACAGCUUUGACGUGAGCCUGACCUGCGGCAGAGACUCUGAGAAGGAGGGGACUCCUCACGACGUGGCCCUGAAGCUCACCGCCCGCUUCACCGACCGCCAGUUCCUGCGCAGCGCCCGCAUCUCUGGGAAGUGGACGGUGGAGGAGGCGUCCACCGACUACUUUCCCUUCAUCCCCGAUCAGCCUUUUAGGAUUGAGAUGCACUGCGAGCACCUGCGGUUCCGGAUAUUCGUGGACGGACACCAGCUCUUUGACUUUUAUCACAAAGUGAAAUCUUUCUCCUCCAUCGACACAGUACAGAUAAAAGGAGAUCUACAGAUCACCAAGCUCGGUUAACACCGGCCACUCCUCCUGCUCUGCAAGCCGUGUGUGUGAAGCGAGGACAUGACCACACACACAAACCUGUGCACCUGUUACAUCAUCAUCCAUAACCCAUCAUGCAACACUGCAGCAGCAUAACAACUGGAGAAAAAGGCUCCUGCGGUGACAAGUUAGAGUUCUUCUGCUUCGUUUUCAUUCACUUAUACUCGCUCCUUUUCUAUUUACGAUGAUGCUUCUGAGAGAAUGAAUGUUUUUCUCUCUGUAGCCCCAGGUUUUUGUCAGAUCAGGGAUCUCACAGAUUAUUAAUAGCACAUUAAUUUUUCAUGCUGAAUCCUUGAGGGAUGCCGAGGGUAGAGGCAGGCGUGGAGUGCUCUCAAGGAAAUUAUGGAAAGCAGUUACUCAGGAACAAACAUCAGACUCUGAGCAGCUAAUAUGUUGCUUAUGGGUGGCAAUCUCCCAAAUGUGGUGACUGAUUAAAUGUUUCAAUUCUGCAACUCUUCUAAAACCUUUUUAGAUUAACUGGAAAAUGCAUAUUAAUCAAAAAAAUGAGAUGCUGGUCAUAUAAAAUAUCCAAAUCUGGGCCCACAAACAUGAUUUUCAUAUCAGAUAAAACAGUUUCAAAGUAAAAUGUUGCGGGUUGUUUAUGCUUUCAGAUUAGCUGUAUUUAUUGUUUCUUUUAUCCUCUAAAACUGCAAUAUUCUGAUCCCAAUAGAACGCAGUAUUACACUCUGUGCUGAUGUAUCUCCCGACUCCCUCGGCGCUCCCCUGCCCUCCCUUGGGCUUAUCCCAACACGCUGCAGUCUCACCGACCCAAAUCCCCCCAAAAUGAGGAUUACAUCAUGAGUAGAUGUCGUACUGUGCUGUGUGUGUGUGUGUGCGUGUGUGUGCGCGUGUGUGCGCGUGUGUGCGCGUGUGUGUGCGUGUGUGUGCGUGUGUGUGUGUGUGACGGUAGUAUUAGCAAUCACUGACGCCGUUCUCCUGAAGAUACAAAGUCCUGUGUGGCUGAACAGGAAGUAGAAUUAUGUCAGUUUACUCUGGUGGACGAGAGAAGAAACUGCUUUUUAAAAAGAGUUUCAUGCAAACCAUCUGAAUCAAACACUGAACCAAUAUGCAACUAAUUCUUAAAAAGAAACUCUUCAGAACACAUUUAAAAGAAACAAGUCAAAGUGUGCAGGUGUAAAACUAAGCCCUUCAGAUCCUGGUGGUGUAUUGAAUGUAUAGUAUUCAUGUUUCUAUAGUAGCAUAGAAGAUAUAGUAAUGCACAGAAUUAUUACUUCCUGUCACAGUUUUUUGUUGGUAUGGCCGGUGCUGUUUUAGUCUAUUUUACAGUCUUGUGUUUGACGGCUUCUGAAAGUGUUUCCUGAAUCAUUCCACUUUAGUCCUCACUGAGACAGACGGACGCUAAAUACAAAGUCAAAGCAGAAGUUUUCUGCAAAGCAAAACUCUCAGUAUUAAAAGUAUAAUGUCUCUGUUUACACCUCUUAGAGUAUCAGCAUUCACACAUCCAGUAGAACAAAAGGUUAGAAGCUCACUGCAUAUUUAACUUAUGGAUUUAUUAAUGAAUAAUAAAUCAUUUACUAAUGCUUUUUAUAGAUCCGUUCUAAGCCAUUGGUAGGAACAGCUGUUCCCGGUGUGAGAAAUCCUUUUGUUUGUUUUAUAUUUGGUAAUAAUUCAGUUAUAAAUGCUGGUAAACAUCAGUUCUGCAGUUAUACCUGUUGAUGACUUUCUCCCCUUUUUAAGUCUUAAACUGUCUGUGUUCCUGCAUACAAAAAGACAAAAAGGGGAUUUUUCAACCCAGAAGUUGUUUCUAUUAAUGGCUUGUAAUCAUAUGAUCCAUAAAACACAAGUUGAAUGUUUAUUAACCAUGAAUGAAGUCAUUAUUUACAACGUAUUAGAAGGCUAUAGGUUGGAGAAGCUUCGAUCAUCCGUUAAAGUUCAUAUCAAACAGCAAAGUGAACGCGUGCUCUUCAUGCUGCGUUCGUAGAAGAGUAGCGGACCGUUUCACUGGGCUCUUUUUACACCUCAGUUCAGAUCUAAACGAGCUUUCUGCUGCUGUGAAUUUGGAGUAAGCCAUGACAUCUGUGCAGCACAGUUGCACUGACUUCACUGCAGGGCACUCGGCGAUCUUUUGCUCACAUUGAUGAAGCUUCCUUUGUUGUGUGUGUGUGUGUGUGCGCAGCAUUCAGCACAACACAGAGGCUUUCCAUGCAUUUAUACAUCCAUGCACUGAGAUUUUAUUAGCAAUAAAGCCGCUGCUCUGGAGCCGAGCUUGUUUUCUCCCUCAGCUCCUCGUCUGUCGCUCUGAGCGCUGGUUUAUUUUGGGACACAAACAGGAAGUGAGUAGAGUUUGGUCUGAGAGGUGCAGUUAAGAAAGUAAAGUGAGCGACGCAGCUUCUAACUCCAGUGUUGCCACAAAGCAAACGUGUACAAAUAAUAUGUAAUAAUGUGGACCGGCUGUGUUUUCUUUUGUAUACUGUUUUUGUGUUUUUUAUAUUAAAUGAUGACCAUCCAUUUGUAAAGCUACCUUUUAAUAAUGUUAAUAUACACCAUGUAAGAGAGUAUGACCAUAACUCAGCAGUGUGUUUCAUGGACGUGUUAAAGAUUAGAGCUGCAACGAUUAAUCGAUUAGUUGUCAACAAUUAAAUUAACCGCAGACUAUUUGGAUAAUUGGUUUGGGUCAUUUUUUAAUGGAAAAAAAAAUAAAUUUGUUUGAUUUCAGCUUCUUAAAUGCAAAUAUGUUCUGGUUUCUUUACUCUAUGAAAAUAAACUGAACGUCUGCGACUUAUGUCCCAAAAAGAGGACGUCAUCUUGGAAUUUGGGAAACACUGAUUCACCAUUUUCUGACAUUUGAUAAACCAAACAGCUGAUCGAUUAAUCGAGAAAAUAAUCGUUAGCUGCAGCCCUGAGUUAAAGUUUUUAGCUCCUCAGCUUGGAUUUAUGGGGGAAGGAGAUGAACAAUUCAAGACUGGUGUGUGUGUGUGUGUGUGUGUGUGUGUGUGUGUGUGUGAGAGAGAGAGCUGAGCUAGGAGUGUGUUUUGUUAAACUAUCCAUCGGCAGACCGUUUUCCUGCUGUGUGUCAGUAUUUUUCUGCACAGUUUGUUGCAGCUACAUGAUGAACUGGAUGUGGUACUGCAGUACUUAAGAAAAAGGUGUUGGUGUCCGCUGAAGCGACUCAUAACUGCUUAGUGUUUCCUUAAAAUCAAAGUUUUCGGUACGUGUGCUUAGAAAACCUGAUCUCCUAAUGAUCCCAAGUCCGUUGAAGAUACGUGGAAACAAUUCUUGCCUCUAAACUAUUAUUUGAAUUGUUCUUUAACCCUUUAAAACUGAAUGUUAUUCUCACCCUGAUUGUAAUCUGAUUAUAAAUAAUUACCCAGGUGGAAAUACUGUUCAUAUAUAAUAUAUGAAAGCGGCCCCCCCCGUUGCCGUCCUCAGUUAAAAAUGGAGGGCGUCAAAGCGUUUGUGACCUGUGUGUUGACCUGCUUCUGGACUUUGGAUGUACAUUUUUAUAAACGAGGCCUCGCAGGCUUCGUUUUUACAACGAGGAAUACAAAGCUGAGUUACGAGCAUUGAGUUGUGCAUGUAAGCUUGUACCUGGCGUUAUUCACACCUCAUCGACUGAGCUGUUACAAUGCCAGUUUUCAUUCCAGUCGAGCAUGCUCUUUUUAUUUUUCUAUCCGUGUGUUUUUAAGGGCAGAUUUUCCUUUUGACCCGUUUACCUUUUAAUAACCUAUUUAUGAAGAUUCUUUGAACACCUAAAGUAUCUAAGCUUUUUAACGCCACUUCCUAAAAAGUGCUAAAACCUACAUGACAUGUUAUGAGAACAUCGUUGAUGUCCUCUGAGUAGAAGUAAUGUGUUGUGUGGUUUCUGUUUUUUACGGUGUAAUAACCAGCAGGGUUGUGUGUGUGGUGACGUCAUGCCUACUGUAUUUGGUAACAUACUAUUUUAUGCUGUUUAUAUGAAGGCAUCUUGAAAAAGGGAUUUUUUUUUAUGAUGAAAGUAACUGAGGUCAAAUAUUACAUAUUGAACAAAGAUUCCUCUCUUUGAAUCGUAAUUUAACUCAUUUUGACUUGUGUUUUUUUGUUUUUUUUUAUCUGGGAUGUACCAAGUCUGAGGCUCACGAUGAUGGAAAUCCCCCAAAAUAUCCUGAGCUCACCGUGACUUUGUCUCAACGACGACGUUCACUGGACCGGUGUUUAGUUUGAGACCUCUCCAAAUGUUUUGUUCCUCCUCAUGCUUUUGUAAAAAAAAAACGGCUACUUUGCAAACCAAUAAAAAAAAAAAUUUCUUGUG